CUCACUUUUUUCUUUUCCUUUUUUUUAGUCACUUUUUCUCCUGUAUAGUUUUAGCUGGCUUUCAUUUUCAAGCUUUUAAUUCAUUUAAUUUUUAUUCUCACCACAAAAAGUUCCUCUUCCAGUAAGAUAGAUAAAAAAUAAUGGAAGAAACAUGGAAAUAAGCUUCUAAAGGGUGCAAAUUUUUCUCCUUUUUUUUUGGUGCCCAUAAAACAAACAGAAAGAAACCCUUUGAGAAGUUGAUGGAAACCACCCUUUUACUUUCUUCACCAUGACUACAAGACAAGCUCAAGCUCAAGCUCACCUUCCUCCUCGCUGCCCAAUUCAAAAGAAACCCAUUAAUGGCCCAAUUCCUGAUCCCAUAACUUUUCCCUCACAAGACCACGAAUUUUCUUCCUCUCAACCGUCCAUGGAGGACCAUCCAACCUGGCUUUAUGACUUGUUGAGUGAUCCAGAAUCGAAUUUGAAAGGUGGUUUGAGGCCCCUCCGUCGAUCAGUGAGCGACUCUGUUACCCUUUUGGACAGUGUUGCAGGCUCACUGUCCUUUCUGGGUCCCAAUUAUGAUGAGGGGAAUUCAGUUGGUGGCCAAACUUGUGGUGGGUUUGAGUCAGAUUCGAUGUAUGGUCCCAAUUCGCCUCGGCUGAGAAGCAGUUCGUCGUUAUCGGAGAGUGCUAUAGUUUCAGCAUUGUCCGAAUGUGUUUCUCAGGAACCACCUGGUCAGUAUGUGGAUGGUGGUCUUUGCGUUUCUGGUGCUGGUUGCUCUGAGGGGAGAAAUGAUGGUGAGCUCAGUGCAGAGGCGAAGGCAGCGAAAAGGCACCCUGGGCAGCGUUCAAGGAUUCGUAAACUCCAGUAUAUUGCUGAAUUGGAAAGAACUGUUGAUGUUUUGCAGACUUUCGAAUCAGACUUGGCUGUUAGAGUUACUUCUCUACUUCAGCAACGUGUUGCCUUGUCUGUGGAAAACAGCGAACUAAAGCAGCAGUUGGCUAGACUGCGGAAGGAAAAGUUGGUCAUGGAUGGCCAGUAUCAGCUACUGAAGAAAGAAGUUAAGAGGCUAAGGGCUGGAUUAACAAAUUCUACAAAUACCAAAAUCCGAACAUGUUUUGCUCGAAAUCCCCAGACCGAGGCAGGUAGUUUAGAGGCUAUGCAGAUGACAUUAGAUAUGGACAAACUUAAUCUUUACUGAAAGCAAUAAGAAAAAAGAAAAGGUAAAUCAUGGUUUUUGGAGCUAAUUCACCUUGAAAGACGUGGCUCUUUUCAUCCAAUGCUUUAUGUUUAAAACCCAGUUCAGCCAUGAAGAACAUGUACUAGGUUGAUAACUACUUCAUUAUCAUUGCUCACUUGAAAAUCUGCGUUGUAUUGUUAUUCCACUAACUAGUCUUUAGUACCAAGAGCUAGCUGACUUCAUCUUCUGUCUACAUUUGUCCUAUUUGCUUUAAUUAUCAUCUCCUAGAUUGGAGCAUUUUCCUUGA